GAAAGUCGCACCAGGGCAGGUUCACUUCUCCAGGCAUAUAGCAAGGCUGGCAAAGGAUAACCAAGAAAUUGGGAGAAGAAGAUUGUCCCAGAAUUGUCCGCUCAAGGACAGAAUUCUAGCUGAAGCUCAUUAGAAGAAUCACCCGGCCAGGAGAUCCAAGAACCAAGAACUCACAAUGGAUCUUCUUCCUACCUUAUCCAUGGAGACCUGGUUCAUGGUGGUGCUUUUGAUGGGACUUCUUCUGCUAUAUGGAGUUUGGCCAUUUCGCGUUCUCAGCAAUGUGGAGAUUCCAGGUCCAUCCUUAUUGCCGUUCUUUGGGACAAUUUUGAAUUACCGCAAAGGAUUUAUGAAAUUUGACAGUGAAUGCUUCAAUAAAUAUGGGAAGAUCUGGAGACUUUAUGAUGGCCGUCAACCUAUUAUUGCUGUAUUGGAUUCUGCAGUUAUCAAGGCUGUCCUAGUGAAAGAAUGCUACAGUACUUUUACCAACCGGCGAGCUUUCCCUGCUCCAGACAUCUUAAAAAACGCAGUUUCUAUGACCCAAGAUGAACAAUGGAAGAGGAUUCGCACUGUGCUCUCUCCAACCUUCACCAGUGGGAAGUUGAAAGAGAUGUUUCCCAUCAUUAAACACUACGGGGAGAUUUUAAUUCAAAACGUUCAGAAGAAAAUGGAAAAAGAUGAGCCCAUAGACGUGAAAGACGUCUUCGGGGCCUACAGCAUGGACGUGGUCACCAGCACUUCCUUCGGGGUAGACAUCAACUCCAUGAACAAUCCCAAAGAUCCUUUCGUCAAGCAGAUCAAGAAGCUCACCAAAUUCAGAGCUUUCGAUCCAAGGAUCGUUCUUGCAUUUAUGUUCCCAGGACUCAUGCCAAUUUUCAACGCUUUGGACCUAACCGCUUUUCCAAAGGAAGCUCUGAACUUCUUCGCAAAAUCUUUUUCAAAAAUGAAGGAAUCGCGGCUGAAGGAAGGCCAAGGGAGCCGGGUGGAUUUCCUCCAGAUGAUGAUUGACUCCCAAAACAACAACAAGGACUCCGUAAAGAAUGGCAAAAACUCUACAAGCAAUGGACUGGAUCACUCAUAUAAAGGCCUGACCGAUAAAGAAAUUCUAGCCCAGGCGUUUAUCUUCAUUUUUGCUGGAUAUGAACCCACCAGUAAUUCUCUUGGUUACAUGGCCUACAGCUUAGCUACUCACCCAGAUGUUCAGAGGAAGCUGCAAGAGGAAAUAGAUACUGUUCUACCCGACAAGGCACCUCUUACCUAUGACGCCAUCAUGCAACUGGAGUACCUUGACAUGGUACUGAAUGAAACCCAAAGGGUAUAUCCUCUCGGAGGGCGUAUUGAAAGAGUCUGCAAGACGGACGUCGAAAUCAACGGGAUGACCAUUCCCAAAGGCACCGUGGUGAUGAUCCCACCCCUCGUCCUGCAUCGGGUCCCCGAAUACUGGCCGGAACCAGAAGAGUUCAGGCCUGAGAGGUUCAGCAAAGAAAACAAAGAAAACAUUGACCCCUACACAUAUCUUCCCUUCGGAGCUGGACCCCGGAAUUGUAUCGGAAUGAGAUUUGCGUUGGUCACCAUGAAAGUCGCUAUUGCCGUCAUUAUGCAGCGCUUCUCCUUUAAAGUCUGCAAAGAAACACCGAUUCCUCUGGUCAUGAGCAACCAAGCAUUCUUAGUUCCGGAGAAACCAAUCGUUCUGAAGUUAGUGCCACGAUAAGGCGGCCAAGAAAGUGAGGAACCAAACAUAGCGACGAUGCCCUGAAACAUCCCUGCAGUGGAUGCAACAAUUUCGGGCUUCUUCAUCUGUAGAACCUUGGAAGAAAACCAUUGAAAUAGUCACUAAAAAUAGCUUUGGAGAGAUGGACCCAUUUGCUUUACGUAGCUCUUAUAAGGUUGAAAUCAUAACUCCAACCUUGGCAACUUUAAGCCUGGAGGACUUCAACUCCCAGCAUUGAGUUGAAGUCCUCCAGGCUUAAAGUUGCCACGGUUGGAGACCCCUGACAUAGGUGGAAGAGAUGUUAAUAUUUGUUGUUGUUGUUGUUAGUGAUGAUGUUGCAUAACUUGAUAUUUUGAAGAUUUUUGACCUCUAAAUUAAGCCGGUCAUGAAUCCAGUUAGUAAAAUCCACACUGCAGAUGUACCCGAGUCGGAUUGUCCCUUAUCACCAUUAGAAUAUUUGGAACUUUUCACCAAGAAAAAUCAACCGAUUUGUUUCCGCCUCUCUGAUAUCCACUGAUAUCCAUCAAUAUGUAAAGAUGAUCUCAUCCAGCCUCAGAGAAUCUGGAUGGGAGCUUUCAUUAGAAGGAGUCUGUACCACUGAUGAAUUUUAAUGGCGUUUUAACGAAUUAUUAAAUGGCUGGGUUUGCAUUUUGUUGCACAUUUGUAUAAUUAGCCAUCCCUCCUUGCCUACAAGCAAGCGUGUAAAAUAUAGACAUACGAGAUAAAUAAAGAUGUUUUCCCAUUUUC